ACAGGCACCAUGUUCGAAGGCGCUGUGGCCGGUUUUCUGAACCGGCUGCUCGGGAAAUACGUUCAGGACUUGGAUACGGAGAACCUUAAUGUCGGCAUCUUCUCGGGGAAUGUUAAUUUGACUGACCUGAAACUCAAACCAGAGGCAUUGUACGAACUCGAUCUCCCGAUUGACGUGAAAAUUGGUACGAUCGGUCGCAUCAGCCUGCAGAUCCCGUGGACUGGUCUUUACUCUCAGCCUGUUGUGGUCCACGUCGAGGACGUACUGCUGCUCGUAGGUCCAGCGAUAUCCAACAGCUACUUCGACCCUGAACGAGAAAGAAGGCUUACAAGAGCCGCAAAAAGAAAAAUACUCCAGGACCUAGAAGCGGAGAGUGAGGUUCUGAAAGGCCCUAGGAAUUUCUUCGAGCAUUUGUUCACUGCUAUCGUGAAUAACAUACAAAUUUAUGUAAGAAAUGUACACGUGAGAUAUGAGGACUCGAUCAGCUCGAAGGAUGGCCCGCUGGCAUGUGGACUGUGUCUGCAGAGUUUGUCUAUAGAAACAACAAAUAGCAAGUGGAAGCCAUCUGUGACAGCUCAAAAUGCGUCAACAGUUUAUCAAAUGAUGCGCGUGGAGUCACUUUCGCUAUACUGGAAUCCGACAGCCACUACCCUGGACGAUAACGAGACAGCCAACAUUACUCCUGUCCAGUACUACACAUGGAAGCACUACAUGAUAACGGGUCUUGACAAAUUCUCCAUGCAUCGGGAAGAUUUCGAGUUCUUAAUCAAACCUGUGACCUGUAAAGUUAAGGUUUUAAUUAACCGGUCGGGAGAAGCUCGUGUUCCACGUCUCCUGCUGGAUGCUGUACUGCAGGAUAGUGCAUUACAACUGUCGCGGCGACAGUAUUUAUCUAUAGAGAAUUUGAUUGAUUCUUUCGCAAGAAUCAAAUUGAAUAGAAAAUAUCGUCAUCUUCACCCUGGUGUACCACUCUCAAAUGACAUUAAAAAGUGGUGGCGUUACGCUUUCAAUGUGGUAGUAGAGCAACGCGUGAGACCUUACACUUGGGGAGCGAUAAAGAAACACCGCGAUAACUAUAACAUAUACAAACAAACGUACAAGAGCACUUUGAGAAGUCCCAACGAUACCGAACUGAAGUUGGAUCUGCAGAAAUGUGAAGACAGUCUUCCCAUUAUAUCUGUUGUGAUUGCGCGAGAACAGGCUAAAUUUGAGCUUCUGUCACAAGAACCAGAUCGCAUAGAAGUAGUGGAGACUGAAUUUGAUUGGUGGAAGCCCUCGUCUCCAACCGAUACCGAGCCAGAAGAAUCCAGAGCUCAUGUGGAACUAUGUGUCAAAACAGAGAGGAGUAAGACUCUCUGGAGCCAUCUCUCCAGCCCUGAAAAGAAGAAAGUCUGUGAACUGAUUGGUUAUGUUGAAGGGACAUCUAGUAAAGAUAAAUCGAAACAGUAUAUAGAACACAAAAUAAAUUUAACACUAGCGAAUUGUUCAUUUACGCUCAUGAACAGAAGUAAAGAAGUGCUGGUUGUGACUCUUACCCAGUUCUUAGCCUCGUUAGAAACUCGACCUUCGGCUAAAGCGUAUAAGCUGUCUGCCCGUGCCGAAAGUCUGGUGAUUGAAGGCGUAACAUCAGAUGGAGAUUUAGUACCACUGUUGACGGCUGAGAAAGGGACCACGCUGACCGGUACAAACCUUCUGGCUGUUGAUUUCGAGAAGAAUCCGAGUAAUGUGGAAGCUGAUUAUGCGCUGUGCUGUUUGCUAGAACCGGUCGAGUUAUUGUAUAUUGAGCAUGCCUUUACAGAGCUGAUCAAUUUCUUCCAAACCCACUCCAUGACUUCCGAUGAGCUGGCGGAGGAGUUUUCGCAUGCGGUCAUCGAAGCCGGAGUCAUUAGCAGGUCCGUACUGGCAUAUGCCGUCAGCCGGAGAAAGGUAUUCCACUUGAAUAUGGACAUCAAAGGACCAUGUAUCGUGCUACCAGAGCAUGGAUGCAUACAUAAGUCCGGUCGAGUGAUGAUAAUGGACGUUAGUAGGAUAAUAAUAAAGUCAGAUUUGCAACCUUCAAACUUAACGUUAGAAGAUGCCACCUGCAUGGAGCUCGAAGAACGACUGUAUGAUAGACUGCAUGCUGAAUGCACGUGCCAGGUCCUCUUUUGUGAUUGGGACGAUCAGUGGAGGGAGCAAAGAAAACACGGUGACUCCGAGCUGCAUCUGAUUCCGAGGAUCAAAAUGCAAAUAGUUUUCUCUAACAGCAUCAAGAAGGACUACAGGUUGUUGCCGAGAUACAAACUAAACAUAUCACUAUCUAGUUUCAAAUUGAAUUUAUCCGAUCGGAUAAUUGGCUACCUGCUGGAUUUCUGUGAUAACCUGCCGAUACCGAUACCUAACACAGUGCCUGUUUCAUUCAUGGACUCCGGCGACUAUGCCGAGGAUGUGGUGGAUCCCGAGCUAAUGGAAAUAUUGGAGUCGGACCGUGUUAUGGCAGAUCCUGGGUACAGUGAUCUGGUUAAACUAAGGCAGAAGAUUGUUGCUGCUUAUUUGAGAAGGAAUAGGGUAUCAGAUCCGAGUUUUGACAAGGCAAGCGCGAAACUUGGCUUCCAGGAGUCAGAGCCACUGUUCAGCUCCACAGAGCAGAGCGAAGAGGACAUGGAGCUCUUCGCGAGAUACGUGGAUCUUCCUGGUUUCGACGACAAUGUGUCUCCUUCAAAUAACAUUAACACUCUUAUGAGAUUUAUUAUUGGUGAAAUAGUUAUUAAUUUGUCCCGGUCGAGCGAUCAGUCCGAGCGUCCAUACGUGAUGCUGAGUAUCGGCAAGGUCUGCCUGGACGUGGCUCUGAUGCAGUACGGCCCCGCAGUCCAGCUCUCUGUCGGGCAGAUGCUGCUCACCGACAAACAGCAUCACAGUGCUACUGGCCAAUACUUGGAGCUGAUCACCAGUUCUGGGGAACUCUUGAAUUUGAUUUACAGAAAGGUCCGAGCCGACUGUCCAGAGUUCAAGUCCCAGUUCCACGGAGUAGAGCAGGCUCUGGUCGCCGAUACUGGACCGAUCUCGUUUUUGUUGCACGCUGAUGCUCUACGAACUUUAUCCAAGUAUCUGCUCUACAUCUACGACAAAAUCCAAACUAGACAUGCAAUAAACUUGAAGAAGUUGAUGGUCCCGCAAACAAUGUCCUUGUGGAAGUACCUGCUGAGCUCGGAGACGGAUCCGCCCGUGCCGCCUGGAGCCACCAAGUUCAGCUAUUCAGUCAGAGCCACAUCAGUAUCCAUUAAGCUGUGCCACUUGGACUGCUCGUUGUUGGAAAUCAAACUGACUGGCUUCGACAGCGACUGUGUAUUCCGAGCCAACGACCGGAUGAUCUUCAAGCUCUUCUUGAGCUCACUGCAGCUUGACGACUUGUCUGAAUCCACGUUGUACCCUAAGUUGGUGUGGCCUGAUGAGGAUAAAGUUCUGGAAGUGAAGUACGUACGUUGCGCCCCGCGAGUCUAUGGGAGUCAUGAUGACAUCAAGGCGCACGGAGAGCUGCGCAUGUACGUGGGCAGGCUCCAUGUUGUGGUUUUCUGCUGCUUGAUAUAUCAGCUGCAGCAAUUCAUGGAGCCGUUAGUACCAAAUUCGGUGGCUUCUGAAGUCGCUCAUGCAGCGGAGCGAGCAGCGGAGAAACACGUACAGGAACUGAGAUCAGCUCCAACAAGACUCAACUUGGUUAUUGAGAUUCACGCGCCAGUACUGCUACUACCACAAAAGCCAUCAUCGCCAAACCUCCUUGUACUCAAUUUAGGUGACCUUCAAAUCGAGAACUUCUUCAAGAAGAUGAAGACAGUGCAAGACGCGAGCAGUCCCAUGCAACAGCCGGUCAUCGACAAUAUUCUGAUGAAGCUGGUGAACGUGACUAUCUCCAGGGCUGUCAUGACACUCGCUGGAACCUUGGAAGUUCAGGAACCGAUCUUGGAGCCGGUCCGCGUUAGCUGUGACAUCGAGCGGUGCGUGGCGAGCGCUCCGCGGGACCAGCUCGCUCUGAACGCGCACGUCACUACGCAGGCCCUCAGCCUCAACCUAGGACAGAAUGACCUUGCCACAAUCCUGGCUGUCUGGACCGACAACCUUAGCGAAGGACGGUAUAUUGGAAGCUUAAUACCCAGUUCACCGAUGGAUCCUUCUUCAACUGACGCAUCCGUCAAAAAACUUCAAGAAUUUUUCGCACAGGGAGAACCUGUGAGGAAGGAAGCUGUCGUCAGAUUCAUUCUCGAAGGUAUAGAACUAAAACUUUUCUCUGAUAUGGAUGAAGUGCUGAGUUCUCCGGUACGUGAUAUGAACCACGGUCUAGCCAAGCUGACGGCCGGUGAGGCGACUCUGCAGCUAGAGUACUCUUCUGAUGGAAGUCUGGAGUUGAAUGCCAGCCUUCAGAGCCUACUUCUUGAGGAUAUUAGACCGGAACCAGUACUUAUUAAAAGGAUCUUCGAGUGUGAGGGAGGAUGCGGGGAGGGCGGCGCGGGGGUGGUGGUGCGUCGCGCGGCGCUGGCGGAGGUGUGCGCGCGGGCGGCGGGCGGGGCUCGUCAUCUCGACCUGCGCCUCGAUCGCACCAGACUCAACUUGGCGGCACCCUUCCUGCUCACGUUGGCACGUGCCUUGCUUCUCGCCUUGCCAGGUGAAAAAACGAUGGAUGGCGGGGUCGUGAACCACGGCUACGUCGCCGACUCUCACCCCUCGAAGCCAGGAAACAACAACAAGACCAGGUUCCCGAGUUCCAGUGACUCCACUAGCGGUUACUUUUCUACAGCAAAUUCGGUGACAGAGGAAGCACCGGGCUUGUCUAUCUCCAUUCAGUUGAGGCAGCCAGAAGUGAUGUUCUUCACAGACCUCACGAAGACCGAAGGGCAUGCCUUGCUGUUGAGGACCGAACUGCUAAUUGACUACUCUUGCCAUUCGAACUCUGAAAGUCUGGUCGUGUCACUGGCUGGGUUGCAGAUGAUGUCAAAACUCCAGUCCAAAUUAAAAAAUCUCCCCCCACAAAUGGUGUUGAAACCUUGCGAUGUAGAGUUUUCCAAGAUCUUCAAGAAUCCAGAAGAGGGCGUCAUGGUUCAGCUUAAGAUGUCGGAGAUAGAAUUACACGUGGCUGCUACCACAGUUCAUACCGUUGUUGACAUUAUUGAAGAAGUUACAACAGAACUUACUGUGCCUGACGAGAAAGAACUCUUCAACUUUGCGACCUAUAACACUAAGAUAGAGAAGCAAGACGAAGACCUCUGGUCUCCAAAGAAGUUGACUCCAUACUUGACCUUACAGUCUGAUGAUAGUUACGUCCAGCCACAGUAUACCGGAACCAAGCCCACGGAAACUUUCCAAAUGACUGUUUCUUCUGUAAGGAUCUUGUUUGAGAUGGAACAUAGUGUGAGACUGCCCGUCAUUAUGGUUAAGCUCACAGCAGACGUGUCGCUGUAUAACUGGUCGCAUCAGUUUCACGGCACGGCCGCGGCGUCUAUACACGCGACCUGCUACAACGAGCGACUUGACGUCUGGGAGCCGCUGAUCGAACCCGUGGUCGUGGACGAGAAUGUCUAUAGACCCUGGGAGAUCAGAGCCACUCUGUUUCAGUCAAAAGCUUACCCAAUGUCCUCGCGGCUGGAGGCCUCGGAAACGGAAACAGAAUGCGACUCCCCGUUUGCCACCAAACCCCAGAAAACCAAGAAAAGAUCAGGUUUCGAAUCCGAGACCUCAGCUGACGAAUGCGACACGGACAAUGAGAUGACCUUCAUCAGGAAUCCUCAAGGGAGAGAGAGUAAGCACUACAAUGUGGAUUUCAACGCCGGGAAUUUGUCGUUCUUGGGAGUUCUGGACAGAGAUGAAUCGGAUUCAGAUAACGAGGGUGGCUUGAUGGACAAGUUGACCACGGCGUUCGGACAUUUGUUUACUGAUGACUCCAGUGCUGAAGAGUUCAGUAAUGAAGAGGAUUCUUCAGCUCACGAGCAGAGCGAAGUGGAAGUCAGUGAUCACGAUGAUGAAGACAAGCCUGUGACCUUCAUUGAUGGCGAGGUCAAGGUUAAAAAGGAAGCUGAGAGAAAAAGUGUUACCCUACAGGACCCGGUCCGAGAGAACAGCGUGGAUUCCGGUCUCGAAGCUGAGAGUUUCGCCGAGAAGACCUGCACUUACAUCACAUUUGAAGCCAAAGACAUGCUGAACAUCACGAUCAGUCCAGCCGGAGCGCGAGCCUUGCUGGCCCUCGGCAGCGCGUGCACCGACCGCACCGCUGUGGUCACUGCCAUCGUCGCCGACAGUGGGACUGUGCUGUGUAAUGAUAUAGGUCCAGGGUCAACAGUACACUUGAAGACACGGUCCGAAACAGAUCUGGCCGGCAACGACAGGCUUAUAGCCAUAGCGGAUUAUGACGUAGACACAAGUCGACCCAGCACGCCAGGUUGUGAUACGUCAGCAGCUGAACUACUGAACGAGGCUCCACUAACAUCGAAGCCUGACAACAACGGAAUAACCGACGAAUGGAAUUGCUUCGAAGGCGGCUUCCCGGGCGGUGAGCUGUGCGGGACGAGCGCCCCCCCGCUCUCCCCGCCGCCCCCCGCCUCGCCGCACACACUGCACACCAAACUCACAGACCUCACACUUACAAUCAAGAUGCACGACUUCGAUAAUUUGACUAUCCUCUGCCCGCAAAGAACAGCCACCAAGCUGCACGUGCUCCAUCCGAGCAAGAACAGCACCCGGUACUACGUGGUCGUGGAGAGGUCAUCAAAGUACAACAUUCGGAAGAUAGUGGUCCGGUCACCUCUACAGGUCCGAAAUGAAACAGCUUACGCUCUAGAAUUGUUUUACAAGAAAACAGAUCUUGAGGCUGUCGGUGUGGACCUCAUUGGGUCCCUGAAGAAUCCAUUCGACGACAAGAUGAGGCUAUGCGUAAUCGCGCCGCAAGAUACCUACAAUGUUCCCCUGUACAUCGCGUACCACUGCAAACUGUUUCUACUGCCUUCCAACUUCGAGCGAUACCAGACAGCCACUCAAGGUAUAUGGUGGAUGGAACUGGCCAACGAUCUUGGUACGCCGCGAGAUAUGGUGUGCCCUGCCAUAGAUGAAAACAAAGAUGACAUGAUAUUUGCCAUGCGGAUCCUCACUGUUGAAGGAUGCCAAUCCCCGAAAAUAAACCGUCUGAUCCCGAACUACCUUCUCCGAGUUGUCCCGCCGCUCGCGGUGUACAACCGACUUCCGCAUGCUUUGGAAGUGAGCUGUCUUGAAAUAGGAUGGACAGCAAGGAUCGAAGCCGGCGAUCGAACGCACGUAUACACCAUGGAGCUUAACAAGCCUCAUAAGAUUUCGGUGAAGCUACACUAUCAAGGAACAGAAUGGUGUGGCAGUUUUACUAUGUCAUCAGAGUUAACAGAGAAGAACAUAUCUCUGUGUAACGACACGGGCGAGGGGGAGGGAUGCAGGGCGCGGGACGCGGUGCGCGCGGGGGUGCGGCGCGGGGAGUGCUGGGAGCUAUUCCUGCACGCUCAGCACUGGCUCAUCAAUAAGACAGGACUGCCUUUACAGAUGAAGAGCAGUAACUCGGACAGCGUGUAUGAGCUGACGGAGGAGCCCCUGCUCUGGUCGGACGGGGUGGGCGUCCGGAGUCGGGUAGGGGGCAGGCCAGGGGGCAGGGGUGCCCGGAUCCGAGUGCGCGCACACCUGUCGGCGUGGUCCCGGCCCUGCAGGCUCGCCGCCGGGGUACCAGGCUUGGUCGUAUGCCCUCAUACAGAACGAAGGACUAACUACAGGAUUCUAAUGAAUGUAACCUUAUCAGAGUUGUGUCCGCAAUUGACGAAGAUAGUGACUCUCUUACCGUAUUUCCUGGUUUUCAACGACACGAAGAGGCAUCUCCGGUUCAUGGAGGAGAACGAGGCCGCAGAUCUCUGGUUCGACCUCGCCCCCCAACAGUGUACGCCUUUUUGGCCUCAAACGGACUCAAUGUCGAUGCACUGCAAGUACAGGGAUUCGAAUGUUGUCUCACAGCACUUCCCAAUCACGAAGAAUCAUAUGACAGUACUGAGGAUGGAUAAAGGGUCAGCGAUAUCGGUGGAAGUAACCGGUGGCACGGACAAACCCUUUACGAUCACGUUUAGACCCUAUGCUGCUGGUGAUGCGCCAAUCAGAAUCGAUAAUCUAUGCGAUGAUUUGUUCCUCAAGUUACAUCAGAUGGAUUCCGGUCAAGUGGCCCUGUUAAGUCCGUAUCAAUCGAUGUUGUAUACGUGGGAUGAUCCUUCUAAGGACAGAAAACUGUUAUGGAACAUCUACAAUAAUAAGGGAAAAGGAUUUAUUGCGCAAUUCGAACAGGAUGGUUACGGAGAAGAAAAAGUGAGUUUCCAUUCAGUGAAACACUCCACCCUGGUCGCGACAAACAGCAUGACCUCCAAACUAUCGUCUACUCUAAAACGACUGACACCCAAAUCCCCUGAACCUUGCUCUUCAAGCAGUGAUGACUCUGACAGCUCCGAUCUACCUGAAGCCCUCAUGAAGACCAAGAAAAUGAGAAAAGACAAGGUCAUUGUGUACUGGACGUCCUAUAUGGACGGGUAUCAACGAGUGUUUGCUUUGGCCCAAGACGAGAGAAUCGCCUAUCAAUAUCGAAUGAGAAUUAACGCUGAAAAGAGUAAUUAUGAAGUUUACAUGUCCCUUUCUGGGGUGAGUUUAUCUGUGUGCGUUCAAAGUAUUCACGGGGUCAAGGAAUUGGCGUACGUGAGUAUCACGGACUCCUUGCCGAGAUGGGAGGUCAAUGUCAGUCAUAAAUGGAAACAGCUGUCUCCGGACUUGACGGCUUGGAUCGAAGAUAAAUACAGCGCGAACCAAAACAAAUGUGAAUUAAAAGAAUACAUUCAUUUGGACUUGGAGAAGAUGCAGAUGACGAAACCUUUCUUCGCCGAGUUGAAGCGAACGUAUAACCCGGGCCUGUGGUUGCAAUUCCGCAAGUCCGACACGUACUCAUAUUUACAUCUCAAAUUCCAAAGGAUACAGAUUGAUAAUCAGCUGCAAGAAGCUGUGUUUCCGACUGUUCUCUGUCCGGCUCCUUUGCCUUCGGAUGUUAAGUCGAAUCAAUUAAAACCUUGCCUAGAAAUCGUGGCUCUGAAGCAAUACCGGCCCUCGCUAAACCAAGACGUGUACAAGUAUCUAAAGUUGCUCCUUCAGGAGUACUCCGUGAACUUGGAUCGGGGUUUCGUAAAUUACGUUUUCGAUUUGUUAAACCAUUGGAAGGUGGAAGAGAAGCCAGCUGUGAGGCUGAGAGCAGAUCUGGCUUUAGUGCACAUGCCGAUACCUAUUGUGGCUGCCAAAAGUCAGAACAAUAACCAGAAGAAUGUUAUAUUUGAAUAUGUUCAUCUAUCGCCGGUCAGGAUUGCUUUGAGUUUGUCUUCUAGAGGAUAUCUAGCGGAAUUUACUGCUACUCCAGAACAGAUGAAGUUGGGUAAUAAAAAGGAGAACAGGCCUAAAUUAUUCAAUAGUGAUCUAUUAGAAUAUCUAUUCAACUCAUGGGGUUCUUCGCUUUGUGAUAUGAAGGAUGUUGUUUUGAGGAUGUCAUAUCUAGAAGUUCGAAACGCGCCAAUAUCAGGAUCGGCGUUACUCUCAUUGGCCCAGCGCCACUACUGGAUCCAGCUGGUGCAGCAGUUCCACGUGCUGGUAUUAGGACUUAGCGUUUUGGGCAACCCGUUCGCUCGACCACGGCUCUGUCUGGGGACCACGGAUGCGGAAGCAACGCAAUAUUACGAACCUUAUAUGGGUACAGCGUUGGACAAGAAAUCUUUAAUAGUUUCGAAGCACCUGGAGGAGACCGUGUCCUCGAUGCUGGGACAGACGGUGAAUGCGAACAACAAAUCUACAAUCACAUUCGAAGAGCUACCGCGACAACAGACCUCCAAGAGACGACCAGGUUAA